GGGACUUGUGUUUGGAGUACCAAUCUUAGUAACAACUAUACACAGGCCCCGACAGUCUACGCUCACCUCAGCUCUAUUCCUCAGUUUCAACAACAUCGUUCCGCUUCCAUGUUCUGGAGAUUCGGAUUUCACAACACAUCCUCCAUCGACAGUCUACUGGACAAGGAUGAUGUUUCAUUAGAGGCAAUUCUAGACGAAGACGAUCUACUACAGGAAUGCAAGUCACAGAACACGCGGCUCAUCGACUACUUUCAGCGUGUAGACGUCCUGAAAAGACUUCUGGGGUAUGUGACUGGUCAGAUUCCAGGCGAAGAGGAACGAGGACGGUUCAAGUAUCCGUAUGUCGCUACAGAAGUUCUCUGCAGUGAAAUAUGGUCGAUAGUGGAAACCUGCGUCAAUUCGUCGGACCAGCUGCUGACACCGUUCUGGGAAACGGUUCUCGACAAGUCGCCUGAAGAGAUGAAGACGGAGAUGGUCAUGGCUUCUCACUUUGCCAAGAUUAAUGCUGUCUUUCUCACCAAGAAGCCGGCGGAGAUGCUCGCCUUCAUCCAAUCCCAACCAUAUGUCGUGGAGCGCCUCUUGCGACACGUCGAGACGCCAUCCGUAGUUGACCUUAUUGUCCGCAUUAUUCAGCUGGACGAAGUCCCAGGUGGUGCAGGGGUUCUUGAAUGGCUUUCGUCGGAGAACCUCAUGGGCAGAUUGGUUGAGCUGCUUUCCCCGGCGCACACCAGCGACAUGCACACAGUGGUUUCAGAAUUGAUCAAGGGGAUACUUUCCAUGGCUACUGCGUCACCUGCACCGGGACUUACGGAUGGUCUGCAGAAUGGAGUUGCUUCAAACCUUUUUUCCAGGGAGCUGGCACGGCCCGAGAGCGUUUCAACAUUAACCGAUUACAUAUUAAGCGAUUUCAGUCCAUUAGCCGAAGCUGAAGGCCAGAAAGCGAUCCAUGAUGACGAUUCUACUGAUCAUUCCACCCCAGAGCUCCCAAAUCUCGACACCUCUCUCUCUUCUGUUGUCCACUCGAUAUCUGUGGUCAUUGAACUUAUUCGGAAAAACAAUUCAGAUUAUUUCGAACCAUACCUCUUUCAUACCCUGCGAAAUCGGCUAAUUCAUAUUCAACAACAGCUGGCAGGGGCUGAAAACGGGCGCGCGAAGCUUGAGGAGUCCAUGAAGGAGAUGUCGGACAGAAUGGGUGUGGUUCACCUGGGUCCCUUGCUAGAAAUUAUGGGCGAACGACUCGCGACCUUCGAGAAAUAUCUUCGUCGACCACGAUCUUUGCAAGGUCCCAUACCCACAACUGUAGGUGUGAUCACGCCUCUCACCUUCGAACGAUUUCGGAUAUGCGAGUUGUAUGCUGAACUCCUGCAUUGCUCCAAUAUGGCCAUAUUAAACCGUCCCGGGGAGUAUAGCGAUCUUUAUGAUAAGCAAGGUCGAUUACAAGGCGGGCUAUCAUCUCUGGAGCAUCUUGCGCGUGUAAUUGCAAUUGGUUCCGGAGAUGAAAGAGACCAGGACACAAUGGACGAUAACCAUGACGAUGUGGAGCCCGCAUUGGAAUUGCCUGUCACCAACCGAUCACGAGGUUCCUCGCUAUUAGAUUCGGAUGAAGACAUGAGCGAUGAUGAACCUGGCAGCUCGGAUGACGAUGUCCUGGAGGAGAUUAUGAUGGAUGAUCCUCCGAAGCUGCAAUCAGAAGAUCUUCAGCCACAGGAACCUCCAAUAAUCGUCCCUUCCUCGCUCAAUGCAGCGUCAUUACCUCCACCUGCCGAGAUUGCGGCUCAAGGUCUCUCGAUAGGGGAGAAAACAAAAAUGCGCUUCUUGGAGGCCAACGUUUUGAGCACCUUAUUGGAUCUCUUCUUCGAAUUCCCUUGGAAUAACUUUUUGCACAACACCGUUUAUGAUUUCAUCCAUCAAAUUCUCACAGGCAGGACUGAUGGAGGACUGAACAAAGAAUUGUCGAUCUCUCUCUUCCGGGAUGCACACAUCAUGCAACGCAUCAUCGAUGGUCAAAAGCGAAAUGAUGCAGAAAGCUCAAAAGCAAAAGGUGUUCGGCUUGGGUACAUGGGCCAUCUGACCCAGGUGGCAGAGGACGUUAUUGGCGCUCUUGAGCAUUAUCCACCCAACCUCCGGUUAAUCGUUGAACAGUAUGCACCUCAGCCUGCUUGGCAGGAGUACGUGACGGGUCGCUUCAAUGAGACCAAGAAACGGGAUACCAGCCUUCUUGGCGGAGGGAGGCCUACCGUUACCUCAAAUUCACGUGCUGGUGGUAGAUGGACGGUUGACGAAGAAGACAGUGGCUCAUCGUUGAGUGCAGCUGCGACUACAGGUCCUGGAACUACUGGUGAAUUUAGGAGAUCUGUGACCACAAGACCAUCAAGAGCAACGAGUGCUGACUUCGGUCCUGCGCCGAUGGACGACGAGGAUGACGACCAUAGCGCUGGACCUCCACAAUUUGCUCGCUACUUGGCUCAAGAGAUGCAUUCGAGGGAGCAGUUUCACGCAUCAUCUGAUGCUUCGGAUGAAGACGAAGAUGAAGACGGCGGAUGGUUGGCUCAAUCAACAUUUGAUUUAGGAAGACCACCCCUUCGGAGAAAUACUGGAAACCAACAAGAAAUUUCUUCGAGUGGUUUUGACGAUGCAUUCAAUCCUGGCCCCUGCGGCGCUUUGAGGGAGGCGCUUGCUGAUGAUCCUUUCGGGGUCAAAUAUGAGGACGACGAUGGUUUCGGCCCAUUUUCCGAUGCAGCAGCAACCUCCCCAGAUCACUUCAAUUUUUCUUCCUCGAUUUCAUCGUCUUUCUCAUCUGAUGACUCCUUUGACUUUGGAGAUUUCCAGGGCUCAGACGACAGCACCCAUGACGGUGAGCUUACCCCGACUGCUGGGAGCUGGACUUUGGCAAGCGGUUCAGAAUCAGAAGGGGACGAGUUCGGCAACCCUGGAAACAGCUCGAAUGGAAUGCAUCCGAUAUCGUUGGAUGAUUUGAAUGGUCGACUGGAGUCCGAUAAAAGUAAGGACUGGAGUUAAAAACGGUGUUGAUAGCGUAUUGUGUGCAUUAUCUUAGGUGAUGCUCUACUGUUCAUGUGUACAUAUCACAGCACAUAUUUCUUA